CUUUGAGUUAGAUCAGGUAUAAAAGUAGCAGUUAAAACAGUACAGCCGCUAGUGUAGCUCAACUCCAUUCUCACAAGAAUCGACAUUCCCGCCACAACUAUGGGGAAGAUAAUUUUUUAUGAGGACAGAAACUUCCAAGGACGCUCCUAUGAGUGCAUGAGCGACUGUGCCGACAUGUCCUCCUUCCUGAGCAGGUGUCACUCCUGCAGAGUGGAGAGCGGCUGCUUUAUUGGCUAUGAUCGUCCCAACUACAUGGGAAACCAGUAUAUUUUCAGAAGGGGCGAGUAUGCUGACUACAUGAGCAUGAUGGGCAUGAGAGACUGCAUCAGGUCUUGUCGUAUGAUCCCCAUGUACAGGGGAUCCUACAGGAUGAGGAUCUACGAGAGGGAGAACUUUGGUGGUCAGAUGUAUGAGCUGAUGGAUGACUGUGACUCCAUCAUGGACCGCUACCGCAUGUCUGACUGCAUGUCCUGCCAUGUGAUGGAUGGUCACUGGCUGAUGUACGAGCAGCCCCACUACAGAGGCAAGAUGAUGUACAUGAGGCCUGGAGAGUACAGGAGCUUCAGGGAGAUGGGAUAUGGAGGAACCAGGUUCAUGAGCAUGAGGCGUAUGGUGGAUAUGUAAAAACAAGUGUUUGUUACAAACACACAAUAAGUAAAUUAAAGUUUCAAAAUGUUCCA